AUAAUACGUUCAAUUACAAUUAAUUCACUGAAGAAUAAAGUAUAAACAUUCUUGUUGUACCUACUGUGUCUACUACUUGGCGUUUGCAGAUUUGGAGUAUUUCAUCAUUUUCAACACAGAAUUAUAGUAAAUUUUGCACAUUAGAAAGCCAUGGAUUCAUUACGCGAGCAAGUAAUGAUAAAUCAAUUUGUGUUAGCGGCUGGUUGUGCUCGAGAACAAGCUAAACAAUUAUUGCAGGCUGCUCACUGGCAGUUUGAGACUGCUCUUUCAAUUUUCUUCCAAGAAGUUGCAAUACCAUCUGCCAACGGCAUUGCAGCACAGCAUUAUCCACAGCAAUUGAUGACACCGUGCAACACACCAGCGACUCCGCCAAACUUCCCCGAUGCUUUAGCCGCCUUCUCCCGCCUCUCCACCACCGGCAGCCCGAGUACUGCUGGCGGUCCCAGCGGCAUGGCGCCGCCUGUCUCCCCCCUCGCGACCCACCCGCCCCCACAGAACAUGCAGAUCAACACAUUCACCAGUACCCCCAACCAGCAGAAUUACUCCACCAUCUCUUGCUCAAGUGCAGUAUGCAGAGAACAAAUGCCAAGAUAAAUACAAUUAUAGUGUUAGGUUAGCCUAUAAUUUAUUUUAGAAAUGGCGUGAAGUGAGCUGUGGACUUUAUCAUAAUAUUUUCCGAUACUCUUUGCAGCAGGAGCUGCCAGGCUAUGUGUGAGGUGAUAGUCAAUCAUGUUUAAAACAUUUUUGCUCCAACAGUGGUUACUCGAAAGUGCACUACAUUACAGUUUACGAUACCAAUAAGUGUAUUACUGUGAUUAUAUUAAACUAAUCGGUAUCUGAUAUUAUAGUGUAACUUUAUAAAUAUAAAAUGUAUUAUAAUAAAAAUUAUUUUCUCUUUAA